AUGGCUGCGCAAGCGGAGGAAUAUUCUGUCAACGCGAACGACGCUGUUCACGUUGCGAUAGUUCAGCCCGGGCCUAACAACAAACUAACAACCCGGCAUGACUUCCAUCCCAAAUUCACCUACCCAAUUGUCGGCGAGGCCGAACAGAUAUUCGGCUACAAAGGAUUAGACGUUGAGAUCCGAUUUGCAGCCCAUGACCUCCGUCCGCAUGUCAAAAUAUCAUAUCAAAAGAAGUUCAACACGAUCGGGAGCACUAGCGCACUCGAUCUGAACCAAAAAUUGGGCGAGUUCCUACCACCGAUUGCAUUUGAACAAGGCUUCGACCAAGAAGUGCAGAACGAUGCGAAGGCGGCAAUUUGGACACCUCCUGGAACCCUCGUCAAGAAGUACACAAGAGGGGGACAGCAAUAUGAGGUCUGGGCCGGGUCAUUACUUGACAUGGCUAUGCGGACACUCGUCGACAACAUCCAAAUCUUGAUUGUCUUCUUCAUUGAAGGUGGACAGUUCAUCAACUUGGAAGAUCCGGACUGGACGUUGGACAGAUGGAGGGUGUAUCUCACCUACCACAAAGCAGCUCAGGCUCCAACUCCGACAGCCUCGCGGUACUCAUUUGUCGGUUACGCAACGACCUACCGCUUCUACAAGAUCCAAAAACCAAAAGAACAUCAAUCUUCAUUCGCCUUUCCCUCGUCAGAAAUAAUCACACCUACUAAACUGCCUUCUCGACUACGAUUAUCACAAUUCUUGAUCACACCUCCCUAUCAAAGUGCUGGCCACGGUUCUGCCCUUUACCAAGCAGUAUACGAGGAGGUCAUGGCCGAUCCCACCAUAGUGGAAAUGACAGUGGAAGAUCCGAGUGAAGAGUUCGACAAGCUGCGCGACAUGAAUGAUUUUGAUGUGCUCAGACCUCAGUUCGAUGCUGUCGACCUCAGAAUUGAUACCUCUCCCUUCACGACUGUCGAACGAGGAAGACUCAAGCUUGUGCCAACCACAAAGUUGCUCCCUCUGGAGAAGUUGCAGGAUAUUCGCGCGAAGAACAAAAUCGCCAGCCGGCAAUUUGCUCGUAUGGUUGAGAUGUACCUGCUAGCUGAGAUUCCACUGUCGCACCGCUCUUUAGGAGGUGCAUCCCUCACCAGUCUCAAAAUCCGAGGUGCGAGAGCUCCCAAUGCACAUGACAGGAGUUAUUACUGGUGGCGGCUCUUGCUGAAGCAACGCAUCAUGAAGAAGAACCAAGAUAUCCUUCAGCAGGUGCCUCUUGAAGAACGCCUUCCACAGAUUGAGGAUAGCGCUCGGGGCCAGGAGGAUGAGUAUGAAGGCCUCAUCUAUACCUAUUCCAUGAGAAGAGAGAAGGAGGCUGAUCGACAUGGAAAUGGAGAGGCGUCUGCACCAGUUCGCAAGAGGAAGAUUAUUGAGUCGGACGAUGAAGAUGAGCCGGAUGAGCCCAACGGCGCGUCUAAGAAAGCGAAAGUCUGA